AUGGGCUUUGACAAAAACCGGAGAGCGAAUUCUUGUUCUGGCUGCAACCAACAGACCAUUUGACCUUGAUGAAGCAAUCAUCAGGCGGUUUGAGCGCAGAGUCAUGGUUGGUCUUCCCUCCGUCGAGAAUAGGGAAAUGAUCUUGAAAACUCUUCUUUCAAAAGAAAAGGUUGAAAAUCUAGACUUCAAGGAGCUUGCAACCAUGACAGAAGGUUACAGUGGCAGUGAUCUUAAGAACUUGUGUGUGACAGCAGCUUAUCGACCUGUGAUGAAGCUUAUACAACAGGAGAGACAAAAGGAUAUGGAAAAGAAGAAGAGAGAAGCACAAGGCAAGAGCACAGAAGAUGCUUCAGAGACAAAAGAGGAAGAGAAAGAGGACCGAGAAAUUACUCUGAGAGCUUUAAACAUGGAAGAUAUGCGGCAGGCAAAGAAUCAGGUUGCCGCCAGUUUCGCUUCAGAGGGAUCAGUAAUGAGUGAGCUGAAACAGUGGAAUGAUUUGUACGGAGAAGGUGGCUCAAGGAAGAAGCAACAACUCACUUACUUCCUGUAA